UUGUUGCAAAAUAAACCUGAGACGUGUCGAGCUGCCUGUGAUGAUUAACUGAAUUCGAUCGAAAACGGUGGCAGAACUAUUCUUAUGUCUGAGGAUAAGCUACAGUUCAACAACUACUGGAUAUGGUUUGUCGUUAUCUACUAGACCGCAUGGCAUAAAUGAUUCAUCCAACUAGUGGUAGGCAAUACAUUUUACAGUUUACCGUAUUGUAGCCUAGACAGUAGUCUUUGUUUUGCAUUAGAGGCAAGAUCAGAAAAUUGUCACUCUUUCCCAGAAUAUUUCUUACACAUUAGUAACAUUAUCAUUACUUACACAAUAGUAACACUAUCAUUACUUACACAUUAGUAACACUAUCAUUGCAAAAUAAGAAAUGGAUGAAUCAAAUGGUUCUUCAAAAAGGACUAUUCUGUGUUUAUUUGACGUGGACGGCACUCUAACCCCACCGAGAGAGAAAAUUGACCCUAAGCUGGAUGAGUUUUUCCAAUCUCUGCGCAGGAAAGUGAAGAUCGGCAUAGUGGGCGGAUCAGACUACUCAAAGAUCGCAGAACAGCUGGGGGAGGGAGAUGAAGUGAUACAGAAGUUUGACUAUGUGUUUGCUGAGAAUGGCACGGUGCAGUACAAAGAUGGGAAGCUCCUUUCCAAACAGGCCAUCCAGAACCAGAUAGGAGAGGAACUACUACAGGACCUCAUUAACUUCUGUCUCAGCUACAUGGGGCUGAUCAAGCUGCCCAAGAAAAGGGGCACCUUUAUCGAAUUCCGCAACGGAAUGCUGAACAUCUCCCCCAUUGGCCGGAGCUGCACACUUGAGGAGCGAAUCGAAUUCUCUGAAAUUGACAAGAGAGAGAAAAUCCGGGAGAAGUUUGUUGCGGCCCUGCAGGAGGAGUUUGCUGGGAAGGGUCUACGAUUUACUAGAGGCGGUCUCAUCAGUUUUGACGUAUUCCCUGAAGGCUGGGACAAGAGGCUCUGUCUGGACGUGCUGGAGGGGGAGGGCCUGGACACUAUCUACUUCUUUGGCAACGAGACGUCGUCUGGGGGAAACGACUAUGAGAUCUUCAACGACCCGCGCACCAUUGGUUUCACAGUAUACUCACCAGAGGACACAGCCAGGCACUGUCGAGAGAUUUUCUUCAAAGCUCCCGCCAAUGAGUCGUGAUAAAUCGUGCAGCAGGCACUCUCACAGUCAGCUUCCCCUGGGCUCCCCCUGUUGUUCAGGGCAGGUACUAAGAGCACCUGAAGGAGAAGAGGUGGAAAUGGGACGUAAACCACUACAGAUUUGUUAAGUAAUCAAUGCAUUGUUGUUGUAUAAUAUUAUUCUAACUAGCACUGGACACAUAAAGGGAUCAUCAGUAAUUCACAUUAGAUGGACUCCCAUUGAAAUUACUAUGAGAUGUGGACAGAUCUGCUUUUUUACAGGGAUGGUAGCUCAAACAAUGUGAGGAAGUGUACUUAUGUUUUCAGUUUUUUUAUCAUGACUAAGUGUUUCUCUAAGGUUUUAAUGUAAUAUCUGACUGUUUAACAUCUAUCAACCCAAUGUUAUUUGUAGUGUGUCCCUGUAUUUGUAUGUAACAUAAAAUUAACCAAAAUGUCUUAUAGGACCUCCUGUAAGACAAUCCUCUUUUGUGAAUAUCAUGUGAAGAUUUAUGUACAUUUUGAGUAUAUAAUGUAAUAAUUCACUUGUCUUUUGCACUAAUAUUGAUACAGUUAUCUGACAAACUGGGUUUUGGAUCAUUUGUUUUCUUUGUGGAUGUAGAAAGUGACUAGUGUUGUCUUUGAACAAAAUGGAGCGAGACAGAAGAGAGAAAAAUCGUUUUUUCCCUCUGUGCCAGUCCACUUUCAGAUUAAGUGCCUAUAGAAAGUCUGCACCCCCUUGAAUUCGUUUCACAUUUUGUUGUGUUACAAAAUGGGAUUGAAAUAGAUUUAUUGUAAUUGUUUAUCAAGUUUUUUACAAAUGGAGAAGAAAAAAAUGUAUACUAAAAUAUAAUAAUUCCUUAAGUAUUCACCCCCUUUGUUUAGGCAAGCCUAAAUUAGUUCAGAAGUCAAAUGUGGCUUAACAAAUCACAUAAUAAUUUAUAUGGACUCCCUGUACUCUGUGUGAAAUAAUAAGGGUUGACAUUAUAUUUUUUUAUGACCACGUCUUCCUCUGUCCUCCCAGGGCUUUUUCGAAAGCUUCAAAAAUAAAGGGCAGUGAUUGGUAGAUGGGUAACAAUAACAUAUCAGACAUUGAAUAUAUCUUUAAGCAUGGUCAAGCUAAGAAUUAAGUUGUGGGUGAAGCAUUAAACCACCCAGACACAUCAGUCGUCCUUCUGAACUGAGCUGCAGGACAGGAAGGAAACUGAUCAGGGACGUCACCAUGAGGCCAUUGGGGAUUUUAAAACAGCUACAGAGUUCAAUGGCUGUAAUGGGAGAGAACUGAGGAUGGAUCAGCAACAUUGUAGAGUCUCCACAAUAAUGACCUAAGUGACAGAGUGAUACAAAUAAUACAAAUAUACAGAAUAAAAAUAUUACAAAACAUGCAACAAGGCACUAAAGUAAUACUGCAAAAAAACACGGCAAAGUCUUAUGUUUGGGGCAAAUCCAACACAACACAAUACUGAGUAAUUGCCUUCAUGGUAUGGGUAUGCUUGACGGCGGCAAAGACUGGGGAGUUUUUCAGGAUGAAAACAAAUGGGAUGGAGCUAAGCACAGGCAAAAACCUAUAGGAAAACCUGCUUCAGUCUGCUUUACACCAGACACCGGGAGAGGAAUUCACCUUUCAGCAGGACAAUAACCUACAACACAAAGCUGAAUAUACACUGGAGUAGCUUACCAAGGAGACAGUGAAUGUUCCUGAAUGGCCAAGUUACAGUUCUGACUUAAAUCUGCUUGAAAAUCUAUGGCAAGACUUGAAAAUUGCUAUCUAGCCAUGAUCUCCAACACCUUGACAGAGCUUGAAUAAUGGGAAAAUGUUGCAUAAUACAGGUGUGCAAAGCUCUUAUGAGACUUACCCAAGAUGACUCAAAGCUGUAAUCGCUGUCAAAUGUGUUUCUAACAUGUAUUGACUCAGGGGGGUGAAUACUUAUCUAAUCAAGGUAUAUAAAAAGAAAUGUUCAAAUUUUUUCUUUCUCUUUGACAGAGUAGUUUGUGUAGAUUGUUGACAAAAAAAUUACAAAUCAAUUUUAAUUCAACUUUGUAACACAAUAAAAUGUGAAGAAAUCCAAGGAGGGUGUAGACUUUCUACACAAAAGGGUUCUUCAGCUGUCCCCAUAGGAGAACCCGUUUCGGUUCCAAGUAGAACCCUUUUUUAUUCCAGGUAGAACUCUUUUGGGUUCCAUGUAGAACCCUUUGUGGAAAGGGUUCAAUCUGGAACCAAAAAGGUUUCUUCAAAGGGUUCUCCUAUGGGGACAGCCGAAAAAACCUUUUAGAAUCUAGAUAUCACCUUUUUUUCUAAGUGUUUAGACACUGUAGGGAGAAGUCUUACCUCAUCUAUGCAAUUACAUAUAAAUUAUUCCUGCUACUUCAGUCUGCACCACUAUAAGAAAUGGAUCUCACCAAUGGCUUAUACACCCUUUACAUUACCGACCCAGUAUAUUCACAGGUACACAUCCUUUAGUUGUAUCAAAUCAAAUCAAAUUGUAUUAAAAGGUUAAUGCCGUCUGCUACAAAUAUAAUAAUCUGUAUGUCUUCACCCUUCUACCAAAGGCCAUUAGACCUUCCUGAAUGACAAAGGUCCAGUGGACUCACUUGUACAGUUUGAUCGACAUACACUAAUUGUAAAAUCAUCAUGUGAUUGUUGAGUACUGUAUUCAUUUGAACUAUGUUAAUUGUAAUAAAUUAUUUUAUAUCAUUGUG